CACUUCGUUCGUUGCACUUCGAAUUUCAAAAUGUUGAAAAACAAGUUUUAAAUGUUGUAACAACAGCAAGUAGAAAAAUGCUACUUGAUUAAUAUGAUCGCGUGAUGCACGUUGUGCCGUAAAUAAGUGAAAAUGGAAAUAAAUAAUCUAUUUCAUAAAUGUAGGCUGUGUUUAAAAAUCGGAGAUUUUUGUUCGAUAUUUGAGAAAGAUGAUACGAUUCGAUUAUCGGAAAUGGUUAUGUCUUUUGCUAAUGUUCAGAUUCAUGAGGGUGAUGGUUUAUCAGACCGUGUUUGUACAUCUUGCAUUGAAAACUUAAGCACUGCCUACUUGUUUAAACUUCAGUGUGAAAGAAUUGACGAUUUAAUGCGAAAGUUUCCUGAUAUGCAAAUCGAUAAACCUGCUGUUUCCGAUUAUAAUGACCUAUACAAUCAAGAGCUUCACAUGCACACUGAGUACAUAAAAGAAGAAAAUAAUGAAAAUUUAUUGAAAGCGGGAAGGGCUGAGAGACAAUUGAGUCCUUGCUAUGAGACUAGUGAUGAAACUGAUAGUGACAUAGACUCUAUUAAAUGUGUUUAUUGCAGUCAGUCCUAUAACAAUUACGGUGCACACACCUGCCAUGUUACAUGCACCAUUGAGCACAAUCAGUUUCAAAAUUCAAGCAGCAAUGAAACUCUUGUAGCUGCAGAUGUUACACCAACAAAAACUUCACUAUCUACAUCACCAUCACCCAUAACAAACUUUCCGGAAUAUGUUAAUGUUUCUUGUGUACUCUGCGAUGAAAAGUAUGACCAAUAUGGGAAUUAUGUGAACCAUUUAAACAAAUGCACAAAUAAUGUUAAACUUCAUCAUUUUGUUUGUCCUGUCUGUCAUGAGAUGUUCUCUAAUAAAUUUGGAUAUUUAGAGCACUUGAAAAUACUUCAUUUCAAAGUGGAUGAUACAUUGAGCGAUGCUGGCACAGACUGUGUUGAUUUUGCUCCAAUGAUUGUAAAAACCAGAAAGCCUAAAGCUGUUCGUCGACAAAUAGGUUGGUCCGUUGAAGACAUCUACCAAGAGAUAGAAUGUCAAAAAAUUGAACAGAAACCAACGCCAAUAUCUAACAGUCCCAUAAAAAAUUUCUUUUCCAAAUUGGGAAAUGAGUCUUUCAGUCGGCAAAGUACUCCUAAAAAGGUAAGCUUCCGCAAAUUCAUUGAAAAUGGUAAAGCAAAGACAUCAGUGUAUCUACCAUUUAAGAAGUAUAUACAAAACUACAAGCUGAAGAAAAAGGUCACUAAUUAUAGUCCAAUAAAUUCAAAAACUCAAGUGACAAGCAAAAUUCAAGCAUGUCUUCCAGAAGAGAUAUCAGAUAGUGACUAUGCAUCUCCAAGUGGAACAUCUGAAGAUUCGUGGAAAAUGAAACAAAAUUUAAUAUGUGCAUGUGACAAAAAGAUCUUCAUGCUCUCUGAACAAAUACAUGAUCGUGAUAGAAUCGUGGCUAUGAUAAACGAAUUGGGAGGAGUUGUUGCAGAAAAUACAAAAAUGGAGAUGCUGUCAACACAUUUUAUUUCAGUGUUGCCAAAUGAUACAUUUACUGGGAUGAUGGUCUGUUCGCUCGCUACAGGGAAAUGGUUACUUCAUAUAAGUUUCAUAUAUGAUAGUUUUCGAUGCAAAAAAUUCCUACAGGAAAAUAUGUAUGAAUGGAUGCGGCAACCCAAAAUAGUGGAAAUAGACAACACAAGCUUGGAAGUAGCAAAGGCAGCCGUGUACUGGCAUUUGGAGUUGCAGACGAACCACGCAAAGUUUCCAUUCGAAGGGAAGCAGAUUGUUCUUAUAAUGAAGAAAAAAUACAGACAGUACUAUCAAAUGAUAUUCAAAACUCUUAAAGCGAAACCUGUCACGUAUGAUCCAAGGACACCUGGCAGCUGUUGUUCCGCGGAAUACUGCUUCGUCGAUAUGAAAAUAAUAGAAAGAGUGAAGCUGCGUUUCUUCUUUCACCACAAUGUUCCAGUUUUCCCAUAUCAAUAUAUAUUAGUUUAUUUACUAAAGAGGGGUCGAGUUGAUGACGAACAUAAAUAUUUGUUACAAGACUGUAAUAAGAUAAAGGACAAGAAUUUUUAUCUUAAUAAUACAUAUUAGCACGAUUCGUAUCUUAAGAUUAUAAAAAAAAUUAUCUUACUUAUAUUUUUAUGAAUUAAAAUCAAUUUUAUUUUUGUUUAAUGGCUUGGG